AGUGAGUGUGUCUGAGUACUACGACGGAACUUUUAUCUUGGGGCACACUCGAGAAUAACAUAGCAUGGCGUCGGGUCAUUUGUGUAAGCUACACAGCCUUUUAACGCGACUUUCUACCGGCACCACACUGCGACGUGUACAAACAUGUUUGGUGCCAGUGCGACAGAAGUCCAGUGUCACUGGUCCUCUGCUUGACAGCCCUAACUGUAAUGUGGAAAUCGGUGCGACCUCAGAUGGGAAAACCAUAGUGUGCUACCAUCCUGCUGUUGAUGUCCCCUAUGAGCUUACUCAGCCCAUUGAACGACCAGACCCACUGAGCAACUCCGUCGAGACCCACGACCAGAUUUUAAAGGCCCACCUCAGCAAGGAGGUGCUGAAGGACAAACAGGGGCCCACUAUAGAGGAGCUGAGCAAGAUGUUUUUCACCACCAAACACAGAUGGUAUCCAGUAGGACAGUACCACAUGAGACGCAUAAAGAAGAAUCCCCCAAAGGACAGAUAGUCGAAGGCCAAGGUUCCAAAACCACACCUGAUGUUUGCUUGUGUUAUUGUCACAGUGAUGUUUAAUAAACUGUUAAAUAUUA